AUGAUGAACCUUUGUUACAUUAUUGUUUUAAUAACAACCUCGUUUAGUACAAAUUCUGAACUUGCAAAAUUAGACUGGUGGCAGACCAGUGUCAUUUACCAAGUAUACCCAAGAUCGUUUAAAGACAGCAAUGGUGAUGGUGUUGGAGACCUGAAAGGUAUAGAAGAAAUGGCCGAACAUUUUAAUGAAACGGGUAUUGGGGCUAUAUGGUUAUCCCCAAUAUUCAAAUCUCCCCUAGUUGAUUUCGGUUAUGACAUUUCCGAUUUUGUAAAAAUCGAUAGCACUUUUGGAACAAUGGAAGACUUUUCAUCACUUCAGAAGAAACUUAAAUCGCUUGGCGUUCGUAUUUUAUUGGAUUUUGUGCCCAACCAUUCAAGUGACGAACAUGAGUGGUUUCAAAAAUCAGUCAAAAAAAUUGAUCCAUAUACUGAAUACUACGUGUGGCUUGACGGAAAGUUGGACGAAAAUGGAAACAGAGUACCUCCAAAUAAUUGGCGAAACUAUUUCGGUGGAAGUGCUUGGGCGUGGUCUCCUGAAAGAGGACAAUACUAUUUGCACCAGUUCAUGGUUAAACAACCAGAUUUAAAUUACAACUCUACUGCUUUAUUAGAAGAAAUGAAGAACGUACUUAGAUUUUGGCUGGAUAUCGGCGUCGAUGGAUUUCGCGUAGACGCUGUACGACACAUAGUAGAGGACACUAAAUUUGAAGACGAACCACUUAUUAAUCCAAAUAUUAAAGAUGAUAAUUACACAUAUGCAUUGCUGAACCAUACAUCAACUAGCGAUCAACCAGGUACAUAUAAAAUGAUCGAAGAAUUUAGAUCAGUGUUGGACGAAUACUUUAACCGGGAUGGAAACACAAGACUGUUAUUAACCGAAGCGUACGCGCCAAUAAAUUACACGAUGGUGUACUACAGCCAGCGAACACACAGGGCUCAUAUGCCGUUCAAUUUCAACUUUAUCUUAUACUUGAACAAAAAGUCGUCGGCCGUCGAUAUAAAGAAUACGAUCAAUCUAUGGUUGGACAACAUGCCUCCGGGUGAAUGGGCCAACUGGGUGAUAGGGAACCAUGAUAACGAACGAGUGGCAACGAGAUUAGGUCAGGACAUGGUCGACCCAAUGAACACGCUGACGACGAUGUUACCGGGCACGACGAUCACGUACAACGGAGAGGAAAUCGGUAUGGCUGACGGCACGAUAAGAUGGGAUCAGACGGUUGACCCAUUUGGUAGAAGCCGUGGUAUGGCCAGGUACGAAGUGAACUCGAGAGAUCCGUGCAGGACGCCGUUCCAUUGGAACGAUACGCAGAACGCCGGUUUUUCGACUGCCCAACGCACGUGGCUUCCCGUGAAUAGCAACCAUUGGUACUUGAACUUGGCCUUUCAAAAAGCGCACGUAAGAAGUCACUAUCAGACGUACAAAACGUUGUUGCGACUCCGUUCAUCUCCGACGAUAGCCCAAGGAAAUCUCACCAUGCACACGCCAUCAGAUUGGAUUUUGAUUUUGUCUAGACAAUUGGUAGACCACGAGACCUUCUACAUUGUUUUAAACGUUGGGUCGGAACAAGAAACAAUUAUUUUAAGUGAACACUUUAAGGAUGUACCGCUUUAUAUGACCGUUCGUUCUUCGAGCAUCAAUGCAUGGCAAGCUGAAAAUGAUUACAUUGAUUCAACAAAGCCACUAGCAAUGCGACCCAAAUCAUCACUAGUAUUAUCCAGUGGCGUAUACAUUGGUAGUAACGUGGGGGUCAGAUCCCCCAUUAUCAAUUUAUAUAUUUUUUUUGUUUUUGCUUACAUUAUGCAGUAUGCACUAGAAUGUAAUAUUUUGUGAUAUUUUGAUGUAUCGAACCAUUAAAUUUUGACAAUUUUGUCAAUACUGAAUAUCAUAA